AUGGUCUCGCUACUCCACUACCAGCCUUUCAAAGGUCUAUAUCUGACCUACGAGCUCUUCAGCACGGUUUUUCUCCGAGUUCCAGCAUGGAUUCUUACUGCAAUUCCCAAGUCAUGGCGUCCUAGAGCUCGAUGGACUAUAGGAAGAUCUGUCAAGCUCAAGCUGACGCGACAUAUGGUAGCAAUCACGAAAAGAGUUGGACCUUUGAGGCAAAGACCAAAUCAUCUAGCUAUCACCUCCGGUUUGGAUGUCAACGGCGUCUGGAUUCCUCCUAUCCCAGAAUUGAUCAAAGACGAGCUGGAGCUUUGGGCCAAUGUAUCCCAUGUCUCUUCCAUUCAAAUUCCAGGCUACUGGCAACACAAGAAAGGAUCUACAAUUGACGUCGCAGCUCCUCCUAUGCCCGGAGAAAAAGUUGUUUACGCUCUUCACGGAGGAGGUUAUACGGCCCUUUCUGCCCAUCCUUCAGAUCCCACUGCAGCUAUCGCCCGAGGACUCCUCCAGCACGUUGACUCUGUUCAUCGAGUCUUUUCUUGUGAAUACCGACUUUCCUCUGGAGAUGGGUUGGAUGCACAGAAUCCGUUCCCUGCAGCUCUAUUGGAUGCAUUGGCAGGAUAUGUCUAUCUCGUCAAAACUGUCGGACUUGACCCUUUGGAUAUAAUCGUUGAAGGUGAUAGCGCCGGAGGAAACUUGGCUCUUGCGUUGACCAGAUAUCUGGUCGAGCACCCAAACUCAGGCCUCCCUGCUACACCUGGCGCUCUUAUUCUACUAUCGGCCUGGGCCGACCUCAGUCCUCAAGUCGCUAGUCCCAACUCAUCUUGGCUCGAUAACGCCAAAUCAGACUACAUUGGCCUCGUCGACGAAGAGGGCUUGGUUCGCUCCAUUCGCUCUUUCUUGGGUCCCCAUGGUCUUGGCGCUGCAGACGCCAAUCCCAUGAUUUCGCCUGCGUCACGGAACCCUGCGAUGAAUGUCCACUUCAAAGGUUUCCCGAGGACAUUCAUUGCAGCGGGAGGUGCCGAGGUCUUUUAUGACAUGCUUUGCUCUUUGAAGGAGAAGAUGGUCAGUGACUUGGGCGAAGGUGACGGAGUUCGACCAGAGGAUGGUAAAGUGCACUGGCAUUGCCCCCCUGAUGCUACGCAUGAUUGGAUCGCUUUGCCGUAUCAUGAACCGGAGCGUAGUGACACUCUCAAAGAGAUAGCUUCUUGGAUCGCUGCUACUUAA